ACCACCACAGCUUCCACUUUCUGUAUACUCAACCACCACCCUCAUCUCUUCGUAUUGCCAUCACCAUCGUGCUCCAACAUGGUCAGGUCCAAGUUCAAAGACGAGCAUCCCUUUGAGAAGCGCAAGGCAGAGGCAGAGCGUAUCCGACAGAAAUAUCCCGACCGCAUACCAGUGAUAUGCGAGAAGGCGGAUAGGACAGAUAUCCCUACCAUCGACAAGAAGAAGUAUCUCGUCCCGUCUGAUCUCACUGUCGGCCAAUUUGUAUAUGUCAUUCGCAAACGCAUCAAGCUAGCACCAGAGAAGGCCAUCUUCAUCUUUGUCGACGAAGUGUUACCGCCGACAGCUGCCCUAAUGAGCGCUAUCUAUGAAGAGCACAAGGACGAAGACAAUUUCCUAUAUGUCAGUUAUUCGGGCGAGAACACAUUCGGCGGUGAAGGAUGGCUAGAACUACUGUGCGAUGCAUGAUAUUGUUUCUCUGUAUGCACUCGAAGGAUCUUAGAGCACAGGAACAUAUAGGGGCAUGACGUCUGGAUUGAUAGGUUGUCCCGACCUCGAUCUUUCGUAAUGCUACCGCCAUACUGGUCUGAGGUCUCCGUGUAUCAGUACUCCCUUGAUUCUUCGUGUUUUGCUCUCCUUUUGUAUUUUAAUAUGAC